GCGUAUCGGGUUUAUGCUUCAAUAACUCAUGUAUGAUGAUUAUUCCCAUUAUACCUUUUAACACAGAUGAAAGAUGGCGCAUAAAUUUGUACUCUUGAUAAUAUCAUUAUGUGUAUCAUCACAGGUCAGGGGUCAACUACCAGAUUUAAAUUCGUUAAAUAUACAGUCUAAACAGACAACAACCACCCCACCACCUGAACCCGACCCCAUUUUGACGGGAGCAGCAAGAACAGCUUCAGAUCGCGUAACCCCGGACUUGCCAUCAGAUAUCAUUUUCAAUGACGGAACCGCUGGUGGAUCCGCCACAAACGCCGGGUCAGCAGACCAAGUCAUUAACCUUGACCUUGAAAGACUAAUAACAGAAACUCUCGGGGGAAUGGGAGAUCCCGGGGCUCCAAGAUCAACAGAUAUGACGUCAUUACUUGACCUCAUGAACACAGACCCAAUUUCAUCUUCAUCUCCAUCUCAAAACGAGGCACAGAAACUUCCGGAUUUCUUUUCACUACAACCGCCUACUCUGCCGAAUUUACCAGCUUCCAGUUCGAAUACAGAUACCAGUGUUGGAAUUCCAAUGAGUCUACAAGAAUCGAACAGAGUAGCUUCUUCACAGAAAAAAAGUGCACCGACAAUUACUAUUCCUGAAAACCCCACACCACCAGAAUUGCCUCCACUUCCAUCUUUCUCUGAACUUCCCCCCUUACCGAGCCCCCCAGAGCUUCCCCCAUUACCACGUGUGCAAACAGAAACGCCAUCUUCACCCCUUUCCCAAACACCCGAUUUACCACCUCUUUCCCAAACACCCGAUUUACCACCCCUUUCACUCACAGACAACUCUUUGACUGAAACACCAAGUCUCCCAUCGCUAUCAGACACACCUCAACUACCUCCUCAAAAUCCACAGUCACCAUCUUCCGGGUUUUCAUUCCCAAAUUUACCAACUUCCGGUCGUCAGCCACUAGACCAAAGACCUGGACUUCCACCAUUCAAUCCUCAAUCGCCCUUUGCUCGACGCCCACCACAAGGAUUCCAAGGUCCAACAGGAAGUCCGUUUUCGUCCAAUCUUCCUUCAAGGCCCGGGCCAAUGGGACUGGGUCCAAUGAGAAGAAGAAAUCCACUUCAAGCCGCCUCGGAACUUUUGGAAAGAAUGAAUAAUAGAGGACCUAAUGUUCCUCCAUCUGGACCCGAAAACUCCAGGCCAUUAGACACAAGAACCGCCUCCGAUGGUCCUUCCACUGACCCAAAUCUUUUACCAUUUGCAGAGAACGUUUUAACACAAGUUCAACAACUCGUAGACCGCUUGAAAGAAAAUGGAGGUUUGUACAUUUUUCAUAUUUAACUUUGCCCCUUUUAA